AUGCCGGUGUCGUCUUCGGCCGCCCGCAUGGCCGCACGUAACGCAGGAAAUGAUCACGUCAAAGACGGUGACGAUGCCAGAGAUGAUGGCCUGGAGGAUUGCGCCGAUGCCGUUGACGAUGGCCAUCAGGCAGCUACCGAUUGCGCCCAGGAUGGACUCGAUCUGUUCCAGUAUACAUAUGAGGCGCUACAAAGGGAGGGCGACAUUUUCUACAAGAUUCUGGCAGCUGAUGUCACUUCCUUGAUUCUACAGUCGCAAAGCAGGAAUGAUGUCGAGCGCGCCACACUUGGAAGAAUGCUCUGUCCAUCCCUGGGUCUGGCCAGCCAUUUGACGUCAGAGACACAGGGCUUAGGGCUAUUUGGCCCUCAAGCCCUAGCCAUUGACAUCAUGACCCGCACGUGCACUCCACUGCUCCCCGCCAAUGAUGUUUCUCUCUCGCUCUUUCCCCGUCUGUCUCUCCUGCAUGCACGUCAGGUCGCUCCUUCCUCUUCCUUUAAGCUUUUGACGUCGAAACACGUGCUCUCUCCACCCAUCAAUAUUCGGAAGUAUGUUGACACUACUGACAUGACCACGCUGUCGUCGACCCUUCCGCCCAACACCGAACCCCAGCGACAGGCAUCUCAGAAUCCCGAAAGCGCUUACAAUGAUGACCUGACCGCGCCGAAAAGGCGGAAGCGCCGUCCAGGACGCCCACUCCUUUCCUUUGCACAACUUCGCGCCCGCAAAGCAGCCCGCGAAGCCGACCGUCGAUCGAAAAGCAGAUGGAAAUUUGCUUCUCAACAGGCCAACCCCUCGGCUUCUUUGCCUGAAGAAGCUCAAUCCAAACGUCGUAAUGGCUCAUCUGCGCUCGAACAGCUACCCGUCGAGCUGCUCGAAAGAAUUUUUCUGUACGCGCUCGAGACCAAUUUCUGUCGCGCGAGCCCGUUCCUGGCUUCUGCCGUGUCGAGUGAGCGUAUAUAUCGGACGUUGAUUCGACUUGCUUUUUUCAAAGAUGGAUCUUUUCCACAAGUAUCGGUGGAACUGCGGCACCAGAUCAAAACUGCACACGACGCCAUCGCAGAUGCAUUGAAGCCGGCCGAUUACGAGACCAUGCGUCUGGACGAAACGGAUCGGGUUAAUCUGCAGGUGACAAUUCUGCGAUGCAGAUGGUGCACCAAAAAGCGUAUACUAACUCAGUUUCCGGCAUUGUUGCAAAUGAUUGUUUGGAAACAUUGGGUUGGUGCUGGCAUCGUGCUGGACCCCAGGCAACAACCAGAUCUAGAUUAUAUUCUACGAGGUAGUGGGGAGGACUAUAUCAGGAACUUUCCCUAUCGCGAUCCUCUCGAGGGAAUUGGACCAGAUGGAGUUACGUACCACGCUCUCACCGUCCCACUAAACAGGGUCGUUAUUUAUGGACAACGCCCAGGAAUCGUUGGCAUUAAGGAUACUCAUCAAGUGAUGAAUAUCCGAGUCAUACCGGAUUACCUACUUCGUGGGCGGCGGAAGGUCGACGGCGAUGGGUAUCAAUUCACAGACGAGGAUAUCGAUCUGCUGGAAAUUUUUCGAGACGUAUAUGGCGACGAUGGUAAUGGCCACGAUGUGCAAUUUUCAAGGGAUGCGCUUCACUCAGGAAUACGCACUGCCAUUAGCACCUGGCAUGAGAGAGCACUAACCUCUCUUCUCAGAUUGGACGAGUAUAUGCUUCGGCUAAGACUGGAGAAUGCACCCCCUCCGGGGUAUCCCAAUCUAUCUACCGGUAUAUUUUAUGCCAUUCCCCAACAACAUUUCCUUCAGGCUAUACAGUUGCCCAUGCCGGAUGCCAUGUAUUGCUUCCUAUUGCUGUUGCGCUGCAACGCCGAAAGCAUGCCCCCUGACUCAUCCGAAUUGACCCAAUGGGCCAUGGACUUGUCUAGCUACCGGUGCCCUCCCGAGGGCAACACAUCCGACAGUGAUGUCAACCUAGCACGAAAAUUGGGCAAAUGGUUAUUGGAUUUUAUGAUCGAAUUGCCAGGGUCUAUCGAGGAAAGCCGGGAAAACCCACAAGAAAAGGCAAUUUUUUAUAAGGGCAGUCUCAAUAGACACACACAACUAGGGAGACGCUUUCUCGAAGAGGUGUGCCCCUACAUAAGUCGUGACUUUCAAUCUUGGGAAAACGAGGACAAACAUUGGGUACGGCUUGUGUCGUAUAAUAUGCGCAAACAAUGGUUCAUAGACGUUCAACAAUGA